AUGUGUGAACUAAUCUCUGCGAACGAACCCGGACCUCGAACUGAUACCCUGAACGAUUACAAAUAUCUGAUUAAAGAAUACUUUUUAAAAUCAGACAGCUCUGAGCGAAUUGAACCAGAAGAACCAAAACCAAACAAGUUGAGAUCAAACAGAAAAGAUAAUUCUGCAUCUACUUCCUCGUCCUCCGAAGAAGACGUUUCUCCCGAAAAGAAAUCAAAUCGCGGUGUGGCCGAACUCAUGGAAUUGGAAGAAGAGGAUGAAAUUGAAAAUACAGCAAUCGCAGAUUUGGUUAAUGGAGGAGAUCCGGAUCAUCUUGCAUUUGCUUUGGCUGAUGUUAAAAGAAAAUUCAAAUUACAGGAAAAAAUUGCCAGUAAAUUUAAUGAUCGGCGAGUUCGAAGGGAUUUAAAAACCAGUGAUUUAGCGGAUUUUGUUACGAGGAAGGCAAAGGAAUUGAAAGAGACAACGAACGUGAUGGAUCGCAUCGGAAUUGCGGCCCAGAUUGGUGAGCGUACUCGAAAUUCAAGGCAAUGUCGUGCUUUGUUCAACCCCUGUUCAAUGGAUAAUUCAAAAAUUAAGGGUUUGGUCGACAGUUUAAAGAACAUUGUUUCGAGUGACAGAAAGAAGGAAAAAGUUAAUGAGUUGGAUGUUGCAAAGUUGAUAAAAGACGCUGGGCUUUAUAACACCCAAGGACUCACGGAUGUUAAAGUUGUAUUGAAUAUUGGUGGAGGUGGUCCAGUGAAUGGGAUCAUGGAUCAUGUACAGUCAACCACAGAAUGGCCCCAACCUUCACCAACGACAAUACCCACCACUACACAAAGUCCUCCUAAACCGCCUCCCAAAUCACUCUCACAAACUAUUAAAAUGAAUAAAACGAACAAUGAGAAAAAUUCAUGA